GAGAGAGAGAGGUGGCGUAUAAAAUAUGGUUGAUCCGACUAGCCUAUUGCCCAAUUUCAGAAAAAGCGAAAAAAAGAGCUAAAUGCAACGACUGUUUCUCUGUUUUCCCUGCUCUCUGCAAAUCAAAAAACUAGUAGUUUUAGAAAUCUUUACUCUUUUCGGCCUCAAAAUAUAGUUUCUUGUUUAUCGCUCUCUACACACACUCAUUUCACACUUCGGCUUAAGCAAUCUUUGUUUCAAUUUUAACUGGGCUCGGUUCAAUUGGUAGUUGGAUUGGUGAAAUGAGCAUCAAUUCUUGAAUUCACAGCUGAGAUUACAAAUGGCGAUAAAAGGGGUUGAUUUCAAGUGGUAUGAUGGGUUCUUCUUGUCUAUGCUUGCUACAAGUAUAAUUAUUGUGGCAAUCAAUUGGAAGCGAUACCAUUCGUGUACACACCCGUUGCACAUAUGGAUUGUGGUUGACUAUACGACUGUGUUCAUUUUCCGGCUCUUGAUGUUUGUGGAUAAUGGGUUGGCUGCUGGAAUGGGAUUGGAUCUCGGUUGGCAGCAGAGAUAUAAACGUUUUUAUGGAAGGAUUGUGGUACUGUCAGUCCUUGUUCUGCUACUUUAUCCCUUCCUUUUGACUUGGACGGUCAUUGGUACUCUCUGGUUCACUCGUUCAAGAAACUGCCUGCCAGAAGAUGGUCAAAAGUGGGGUUUCCUUAUUUGGCUGCUUUUCAGUUAUUGUGGACUCGUGUGCAUUGCUUGCAUCUGUAUGGGAAAGUGGUUAACGAGGAGGCAGGCGCAUCUAUUGCGUGCACAACAAGGGAUCCCCGUUUCAGAAUAUGGAGUUCUAGUCGACAUGGUUAGAGUGCCAGAUUGGGCAAUUGAAGCUGCUGGGCAAGAGAUGAGAGGGAUGGGUCAAGAUGCAGCUAUGUACCACCCGGGACUCUACUUGACCCCAGCUCAGGUAACGAACGAGCUACUGAUUUCAGAAAUCUACCUUCGUUUUCAUAAGGACAAUGAGCUACUUAUUUCUUUUGACAUACAGAGAGAAGCAGUGGAGGCACUUAUUCAAGAACUUCCAAAGUUUAGGCUGAAGGCAGUUCCGACUGAUUGCAGCGAGUGCCCAAUAUGUUUGGAGGAGUUUCGUGUUGGAAAUGAGGUUCGAGGUUUGCCUUGUGCUCACAAUUUCCAUGUGGAGUGCAUCGACGAGUGGCUCCGGCUGAACGUGAAAUGCCCGAGAUGUCGUUGCUCCGUCUUCCCGAACCUUGACUUGAGCGCAUUGUCGAACAUCCACACGGAUACGGAGAGGUCCUCCACCAAUGUUGUCACCACAACUCAGUAUAUGAGAAACCAGACUCCUAGCCAGAGCUAUCUGUUGAGACUGCUCCGCCCCGUCCGAACAGAGAACGGCAGUGAGGGGGAGACUGCAGAAACACCGUCGAGUCGAGGGCAGUCGGAGCAUGUGCGGGUGGUGGUGGAAGAGCCUGCUCCGCCUCUGCCUUGAGCUAUUUUUUGAGGUUUCUUACUUUGUUUUCAUUAGCCUAACCACCUGCAUUUCAAGACCUAACUUGAAUUGCUUACUUUUGUUACUUUACAAGUAUACAACUAAUGGAUGGGGAAAAAAAGGGGUUAAUUUUGUGUAUCCUUGAUUUGCACACUGCUCUAACUCUUCUCAUGAUUUUGAUCAAUGUUAUACCUGAUGAAUUACAUUAGAUCAUAUAUAGUUGGUUUGAAUUCGAGAAAAAUGCCAAA